AUGUCGUCGAGUUUUUCCAAGCAAAGCUCGAGAAGAUCUAAGGAAAGCUUUCUCGACUCGAUGGAGGAUAAUUACGAGAUUGAUAUCGUUGAUAACAAGACGGGGCGUAAGGCGAGCAUUUUUACGAUUUAUGCAAGAGUUUUUCGGGUGUUGCUCGCGAAAUGGAUAAACGUCGUCGGCGAAGGGGAGGAGAAGAAACGCAAAAAGGAAUUAGAUGAUCUCGUCUUGCCGAGUAAUGAGGAAUGGCGACAACGAGUUUAUUAUCGACUUGUCGAUUUGCAAAGAGGACUCGCUACUUCAAUUUCAAAAAAGAUGGACUCCGAACCAGAGGCUAAUCUGAAAGAGACAAAAGUAUGGGAAUGGGAGCCAGAUUCGCGAAUAUAUCCUCUACGACCUCGAGGCACCAGAGAUGAUUCCGAGAUAUUUAUUGCAGUCAACGGAAUUGAAGGUUCCAUGACCGAAGCUUGCAUCGAGCCAGGAUGGAAAGUCGAAGAUAUCGUGUUGGCAGGAAAAGUUCUUCAAAAUGAGCAACCUGUUCCUUCCUACAAAGACGAGGCUGAAAUGAGGCGCGUCUUCGGACUGGUUUAUGACGUCCUAAGAUAUAAGAAGAUAUUAAAUCAAGCCUUGGAGGAUGUUGACUUCUGGUUGCACAACCCAGAACUUCGAGAUCGCGAAAGGAUCGUAUGGCUGUUAUUGUACGAUCUUCAGGGUAGGAAAUUUGCUAGAAUGGGGGAAAUUGAUGCUCUGGAGGCACGAGAAAGAGUUUUCCGAGCUGCAGGGUUUAAGAAUGUCGAAGAUGCACUUUUUCAAACGAAAACUCGACUUGCCGCGAGUGUAUCCAGAUUAAGAAUUGGAGGAUCGGCGCUGACUCUUGAUGAACUGUUGCCUACUCAUUUGAGGAUCGUCGAAGGAGUAACUUGGGGAGAAGAAGGCGCAGUCGCUUCGGGAUGGGUGAAUACGAUGAAAAUAAGGAAUAAAUCGGAAUUCGUCGGUGAAAUGUCAAAAUUGGGACUUCAGCUUUGUCUAGACUGUAGGAAAAGCGAUUUGCAAGAAGAUGACUAUGUCUUUGACCCAUUAUGUCCAAAAGUGGUGAACAUGCACGAAAAGGCUCGCGAAAAAGUCGCCAUGUCCGAUUUAGUACGCAAUCACGUUUUCAUCUUUCUAGAAAGAUCUUUGUGUCUGGGAGCUGCAGCUUUGGCACAAGCAAUUCGUUCCGGUAAACUUUGUGGCCCUGUUGUCUUGACACAUUGUGUAGCUCCUCGUCACACAGGAUACUUGGCAGGACUUUUGGCAGAUAUAGAGGAUGCCGGAAGACUUUUGGCAUUUGGCGCCGGCAAUUUGCGAUGCGAAUAUGAAGAGUACCUAAAACAUCUCGGAGUAACGUUACAACAAUGCCGAAUCUACUCAGAAAGAUACAUCUCGGCUCCGGCUUCUACAGAGCUGGAACGAGCAACCGUGGUCCUUGCUACUCCUCCUUGUAGUUAUACAGGAGUAAAGGACGCCGUGGAUUUAGCAAUUGCCAGAGGCGGAGACACGGCUCUUCUGGAGUCCUUAACAAGCGACGACGAUGGUGUAAAAAGACCACGAAUGCAUUUAGCCGAACAAUUAGAGACCUUGAAAUAUGCCUUGAUGAGACCGCAUGUGCAAUUACUGGUUUAUGAGACUCAUAGCGUUCUUCCAUCGGAGACGAAAGAAAUGGUCCAGCAAGUUGUACAGCACGCGAACAAAAUGGCCGCCGAGAAACACUCGAAAGACAAUCCAGUUAGUAAGGGUUAAGCUUCAUUGGCCAAGGAUCUUGGAGGAAGAAGUUCCAGAUCGAGCAGAGCUUCAGGAAAGAAAAGCCAAGAAUCUAAGUCCGUCUCGGACGAUCGUCGCUCGAAUUAUGAUGACGACGACAGAGCCUCCACUAUUUCGAUAGAAAUGAAUAUUCCCGACAGCGACCUCUUCGAGAUAGGAAACGCCACGGAUAUAUGGCCGGAAGUUUCGGACGAUUAUUUCGACAAAGGGACUUAUUUGGCUGUGAUAAAACGGAAAGAGAUGAUGCAGUUUAACUCCCUCUUCAUGAUCAAAGUCGCCGAGUCUAAAGGCUUGUUUGGAGAGCCGAAUAAACAAAUAAAAAUCAUGGAAGCGCAACCUGCUCCGCAAACAUCGCAGGCCGGUCGGAAGAGCUUCAAGAAAGCCAAAAUCGAAGUGGACAGAAUAGCGGCUCCGACUCAUUCUUUCAUGACAAAGACUUCGAAGCGAGCUCAAGGUUGUCCUCGGCACAGUCAACAUAUUUUGCAGGAUAAGAGAUUAAUAAAUUCCCAGGUACAGGAAAUUAAAAGUCGCGACAUUCGCAGAUGGUGGAUGGAUUCUGUUGGGUAUUUGUUAGACCCCGAGAAACUCGAAAACGAGCGAUUUCAGAUUUUGCGCACCGAUCCUUGGACGCACAAACCUCUUUACUUUUUGCAUGUUCAACAAAUUGAUUUCUCGGAGGAAGACAGAAAAGAUCUUACGAUUUAA